GUGAAGACCUCCAAGUACACAGCCCUGACUUUUCUGCCGAAGAAUAUCUUCGAGCAGCUGCACAAAUUUGGAAACGUGUACUUCCUGUGUAUCUCCAUCAUUAUGUACUUGGGUGAAAAGACGCCCCUGUUCGUUGGCACGAUCCGUGCCUUUUCCACGCUAGGCCUUCUAGUGAUGAUGAUGGCGGUGACCGCCGCUGUCGCACUCUACGACGACCUCCAGCGGAAGAAAGCUGACGAGGAGAUCAACAACUCCUUGGCUUCGGUGGUCGUUCGGGGCAGCGAGGUGAAGAGGAAGUUUCAGGAUAUUCGGGUGGGCGACGUCCUGCGGAUUCGGAAGGACGAAGAGUUUCCGGCGGACACCGUGCCGUUGUACUGCUCUGGUGACGGCGGAAACUGCUACGUGUCCACUGCAAACCUGGACGGUGAGACUAACCUGAAGUUGAAGACCGCGCCUGAAGCGACGCAGAUGUUGUUCCGAGGGGGCGACCAACUUGGUGCACUGGCCCGGUUGGAUGCCGAGAUCCAUGCGGAGGCGCCCAACGGCAACAUCCACGACUUCAGUGGGAACAUCUCAGUGGGGGCUCAAAAGCUCUCUCUGGGACCCAAGCAGCUGCUGAUGCGGGGCACUGUGCUCCGGAAUACAGAGAGCUGCCUGUGCCUUGCGGUCUACACUGGGCCCGACACCAGGAUGGUGAGAAAUUCCAGACCAGCGCCCAUGAAGCAAUCCAAUUUGGAGCGCACGACGAACCAAGCUAUGCUCAUGGUGCUGGCCACUCAGACCGUGAUUUCCGGCAUCAGCUCGUUGUGCCAUCUUUUCAUGAAGCCUCCGAAGAGCCAUUGGUACUUGGAGGAGGAGGAGAUCGUGCUGCCUGAAUUUAUCGGAUGGUGGCUGACCUUCUUCACGCUGUACUCUAACCUGAUGCCGAUUUCUCUCUACCCCACGGUGGAGUUCUGCAACGCGUUCCAGUGCUGGCAGAUUCAGCACGACGAACAGAUGCUCUACCAAUGCGAGGGCUUCAACGAGGGGCGGCCAUUCUCAGCUCGGACCCGCAGCACAAACCUCUCCCAGGAGUUGGGACAGGUCGGCUAUCUUUUUUCCGACAAGACAGGAACGCUGACCCAGAACGAUAUGGUUCUCAGGCGCGUGUCGAUUGGUGGCCUGAAGUUUGGCAGCUUUCAAGAGAAGCGGCCGCAGGACAAGCUUGGGCUGGCAGAGGAUGACGGCUUUAACGGCGGGCCUGAGCUCCAGGAUCGCCGGUCAUCCAUGCCCAGCAUCGAUCAGUUCUUGGAGGUGCUUGCAGUUUCCCACACCGUCAUGGUCACGCGCGGCAAGGCGACCUACGAGGCGGAGAGCCCCGACGAGUACGCGCUGGUGAAGGCGGCGGCUGGCCUGGGCUGGGAGUUCCAGGGCCGCGCCUCGGAAAGCGAAUGGAGUCGCAACGGCUUUUUUUGGUUUCCCGUUGAGUGCCACGGGUCCGAAAGCCACUGGUUUCCUUUUGGUGAGGGAGGGGUUUUGUGUGGUUUUGAUCCACCUAUUUGUUUUGGUUGCAAGGGCUCAAGGGCUCCGAAAGCCAAAUGUUUAGAUGAACUCACACAGUAUGUGAGAGUGUGCGAGUUGUUUGCCCUGUGA